AUGGGUGUCCAGCUUCCCGACCUGCAGUUUACGUCGCUCGAGGUCAUCCCCGAGCGCAUCUCCACCGUCCGCAAGUCUUUCUUGGAGAACAAGACCCGCGAUGUCGAGUUCCGUCUCGUGCAGCUUCGCAAGCUCUACUGGGCCAUCAAGGACCAUGAGGAGGAGAUCGUCGAGGCUUGUGCCCAGGACUUGAACAAGCCACGCUUCGAGGCCGAGGUCGCGGAGAGCGGUUGGUUGCUCAACGAUAUCGUCUUCACCACACGCAACCUCCACAAGUGGGUGAAGGAUGAGAAGGCUCCCGAUAUCGAGCUUUCCUUCAAGUUCAUGAGCCCCAAGAUCCGAAAGGAUCCCCUGGGCAGCGUGUUGGUCAUCGGUGCCUUCAACUUCCCCUUCCAGCUCACUAUGGGCCCCGUCAUCGGUGCCAUCGCCGCCGGUAAUACCGUCGUCAUCAAGCCCUCCGAGAACGCUCCCCGCAGCGCCGCCGUUAUGCAAAAGAUCUGCGAGGCCUCGCUCGACCCCUCCUGCUACUCCGUCGUUCAAGGUGGUGUCCCCGAGACACAGGCUCUGCUCGCUGAGCGCUGGGAUAAGAUUUUCUUCACUGGUGGUGCCAACGUUGGUCGUAUCAUCGCCAAGGCCGCCGCUCCUCACUUGACCCCCGUUGUCCUCGAGCUAGGCGGUAUCAACCCGGCCAUCGUCACUAAGAAUGCCGACCCGCGCCUGGUUGCGCGCCGCAUGCUAUGGGGCAAGAUCUUGAACGCUGGCCAGGUUUGCACGUCGCAGAACUAUCUGCUUGUUGAUAAGGAAAUUGUGCCCAGAGUUAUCGAGGAGUUCAAGAAGGCCUAUGCAGAGUUCUACCCCAAGGGUGCUAAGAACUCGCCCGAUUACUCGCGCAUUAUCAAUGAGGCUCACUUCCAGCGCCUGAAGUCUAUGCUCGAUAACACUAAGGGCAAGAUCUUGCUUGGUGGUACCAUGGAUGAGAAGGAGCUCUUCAUCGAGCCUACCGUUAUCCAGGUUGACUCUGUUGAGGAUUCGCUGUGCACACAGGAGAGCUUCGGUCCUUUCAUUCCAAUCUUGCCCGUUGAGAACUUGGACGAAGCUAUCAACCUCGCCAACGGCGUUCAGAGCACCCCGCUGGGCCUGUACCCCUUCGGCUCCAAGGCCGAAAUUGCUAAGAUUAUUAACUCUACCCGCUCCGGUGGUGUCUCCGUCAAUGACGCCGCUCUGCACAUCCCCACCCUGCCCUUCGGCGGUGUCGGCGAGAGUGGCUACGGUGCCUACCGUGGCCGCUCCAGCUUCGAUGUCUGGGUUCACCGCCGCCCCAUCACCACCAGCCCUGGCUGGCUCGAGUCUAUCCUCUCCAUCCGCUACCCACCGUACGCCGGUAAGCUGAGCAAGUUCAAGGCCGCCAGCACUCUGGUGCCGGACUUUGACCGCAGCGGCCAGAAGGUGACGCUUGGCUGGUUGCGCUUCAUCCUGACGCUGGGUGGCGGAAGUGCGAAGGCUGGAGCUGGCCGUGCUGUUGUUGCUGCUGCUCUUGCCUACUUCGUGCUCCAAGUCCUCGAAAAACGAUCGUCGAAAUUGUGA